UCCUCAAAGCGUUUAUCGUUGUCGCCGAGAAGAACUGAACACAUAGAUCAGGUGCCGGAAAUGGCGAAUUCACUGGAAAAAUCCAUCUUCAUCUCUUUCGCUGAUAAACUAGUGUUAUCUCCGGCCAAAACCCCCCAAUUCUUUCUUCUCUCCUUUCCUGUUUUUAUCAAUGGAGGAAGAAGGACGAGCAGAACGAGAAGUAUUAGCUCCGCCGCUGAAACUGUCGCUUCUGGUACGGAAACACGACAAAACUACGUUGAUGUUCAAGUUGAGGAUCCGAUGGAUGUGGAGGUUGCAGAAGGUUAUACAAUGGCUCAGUUUUGUGACAAGAUCAUUGAUGUUUUCUUGAAUGAGAAGCCUAGGGUUAAAGAUUGGAGGAAGUACUUGGUUUUGAGAGAUGAAUGGAACAGGUACAGUGUAAACUUCUACAAGCGAUGCAGAAUCCGGGCUGAUUUGGAAACCGAUCCAACGAUGAAGCAGAAGCUGAUUUCUCUGGAAAGCAAAGUAAAGAAGAUAGAUGAGGAAAUGGAGAAGCACAAUGACCUUCUGAAGGAGAUUCAAGAUAACCCUACCGACAUAAAUGCCAUUGUCGCUAGGAGGCGUAGAGAUUUCACGGGAGAAUUCUUCCGUUAUGUCACUCUACUUUCAGAAACACUUGAUGGGUUAGAAGACAGAGACGCGGUGGCAAGGCUUGCAGCUAGAUGCUUAUCCGCGGUGAAUGCUUAUGACAAAACCCUGGAGAACUUUGAGACAUUAGAUUCUGCCCAGGCAAAGUUUGACGAUAUUUUAAACUCCCCUUCGAUAGACGUUGCUUGUGAUAAGAUCAGAAGCCUCGCCAAGGCAAAGGAACUAGACUCCUCAUUGAUCUUGUUGAUAAACAGUGCUUGGGCUGCUGCUAAAGAGUCCCAAACCAUGAAAAAUGAGACCAAAGACAUAAUGUAUAGUUUAUACAAAGCUACAAAGAGCAGUCUAAGGAGCAUUGCCCCGAAAGAAAUCAAACUUGUCAAGUACUUGCUCAACAUCACAGACCCGGAAGAACGCUUCUCGGCUCUGGCAACAGCUUUCUCCCCCGGCGACGAACACGAAGUCAAGGACCCGAAAGCUUUAUUCACGACGCCAAAGGAGCUUCAUAAGUGGAUAAAGAUCAUGCUCGAUGCUUAUCAUCUCAACAAAGAAGAAACUGACAUAAGAGAAGCCAAGCAGAUGGGCCAGCCAAUGGUUAUACAGAGACUUUUCAUCCUCAAGGACACGAUCGAGGCUGAGUAUUUGGACAGGAAAACGUUUGUCACUGAUGGGCAAUCCAAGAAGGAAGAAGAUCAUGACACAUCUCAAGAGCUUGUGAACUGAGAACCAGUGGAUGAAACACAACAUUGUUAAAAAAGAUUUUGUAGCAUCUGUGUUUCUUUUGAUUCUACCAUGUUUGGGUCUUAUAACUAAACCUUUAAUAGUCUAAGAUGAUGGGCCUAGGCCCAUUAUCUUAUUA